GUAUUAAGAUUCCGUACAUCUGCUGCGGCACGUGAGUUCCACUCCGCGUUCGAUGGAGUCCCGUACAGCAGCCUGGAGCCCCACGCGCUCUGCCACAUGGCGUGGGUGUCGCGUGUGGAGUGGGCGAGAGACGGCACUCCGCCGCCCUCGCACACUGAGCUGCCAACAUGUCCCGUCUGCUUGGAGCGUAUGGACGAGAGCGUGGCGGGCGUGCUGAGCGUGCAGUGCGCGCACGCGUUCCACGCGGAGUGCCUGGUGCGGUGGCGCGACGCGCGCUGCCCGGUGUGCCGCUGCGCGCAGACGCCGGAGGGCCGCGAGGCGCGCUGCGAGCAGUGCGCGCGCGCGGCGCCCGGCGACCAGACGGGCGCGGACGGCGAGGAGGCGCGGGACGGGCUGGCGGAGGGGCUGCCCGAUGGCGUCACCGCGGGCGCGCUUUGGAUCUGCCUCAUAUGCGGACACGUCGGCUGUGGCAGGUAUGAAGGAGGUCACGCAGCAAAACACUUCCUAGCUUCCAAUCACACUUACGCCCUACAAUUGGGUUCGAACCGAGUCUGGGACUAUGCAGGCGACAAGUUCGUGCACCGGCUGGUGCAGAACAAGCCGGACGGCAAGCUGGUGGCGGCGGAGGGCGCGGAGGGCGCGGGCGGCGAGGAGGCGGGCUGCGGCGCCAAGCUGGACUCCGUGCAGCUCGAGUUCACCUACAUCCUCACGCAGCAGCUCGACCGCCAGCGCGCCUACUACGAGGAUAACAUCGCCAAGUUAGAAUGCGAGAGGAGCGCGGAGUGCGAGGCGCUGCGGGCGCGCGCUGCGGCCGCGGAGGCCGAGGGCGCGGCGCUGCGCGGCCAGGUGGCGCUGCUCACUCGCGACAAUAAGGCCCUCGACAGACGACUGCAGCAACUUAAUACAAAACUAUCAACGUUGCAAAAUGAGUUGAGCGAGGAGCGCGGGCUGGCGACAGCGCUUGCCGGCAGCCAGGCGCAGUGGCAGGAGCAGGCGCGACUCAAAGAGCAAGCAUUCAUGCAGGAAGUGUCAGAUCUCAAAGAACAGCUCCGCGAUGUGAUGUUCUUCGUGGAGGCUCGCGGCCAGCUCGAGAAGUCGGAGUGCGCAACGCAAGAGGAGAUAGCCUCCGCCAGCGUGUCUGUAGCCCCAGCCAAACCUCGUCGCAGGCGUCGGUAGCUUAACUAGACCAAAUGUAACGUGAUAAAUAAAUAAUGUACUUUUUGACUAACGA